GUUUGACUGAUGAAGUGUUUGUGCGCGGCAGCAAAUCAACUGGGAUUUGCGUGAGUGUGACUGUGUGAGGUGUAAGAACGAACAGCAAGGCUUCCUUCGUAAAAGCGGACUUUUUUCUUCUUCUUCUGUUCCUAUAUUUUCUAUAAAAAAACAAGCUGAUUUUUUUUAUAAAAAUCCUGUAUAAUUUCUUUAAAGUUCCUUCGUUCCAAAGUAUUUGUUCGCGCCACCCAGUAUUUAUUGCUCUUCUGUCUUCUCCCCGCUCGUAUUGGCACGCACCACAUCAACCGCCGCCCGUAUAGCUUUGUGAGAUGGCGGAGCCGGGCAAAAGAGCGGUGGCGCAGUGGCGGCGGUGGGCGCUGGCCAACCUGGGCCCGUUCGCGGCCCUGUUCACCACCAACUUCGGCUCGGCGUGGCUGAUCCUGGCGCCGGUGGUGUCGCUGGUGGCCACCUACGCGCCGCGGCGGCUGUUCCGGACCUACUUCAACCUGUUCCUCCGCCGGCGCUCCCGCCGCCUGCUCAACGUCGUGGACCCCUACGUGACCAUCGACAUCUCGGAGCCCGGCGGCGAGGUGCGCUACUCGCGCUACGGCCCCGUCUCCGACAACGACAGCACCUACGAGGAGGUGAAGGCGUACCUGAGCGGCGCCGCGCGCGAGCAGGACGCGCGCGAGCUCCGCGCCGAGGGCGCCCGGGAGGGCAACGGCCUCGUCGUCAGCAUGCGCGACGGCCAGGACGUGGCCGACGAGUUCCGCGGCGUCCCGCUCUGGUGGUCCUCCGUGGUCGCCAGGGACGUGCAGGGCCAGCGCAAGGGCGACCGGCGCUUCCAGCGGCUCACCUUCCACCUGAGCCACCGCGCGCUCGUCGUCGACGAGUACCUGCCCCACGUCCGCCGCCAGGGCCGCGAGAUCCUCUUCAGCAACCGCCGCCGGAGGCUCUACACCAACAGCAAGUCACGCGACUCCUACAGCUACGAGUACAAGUCGUGGAGCUACAUCGACUUCGACCACCCGACGACGUUCGACACGCUGGCCAUGGACCGGGCCAAGAAGAGGGACAUCAUCCACGACCUCGACACGUUCCGGAACAGCAGGGAGUUCUACCGGCGCGCCGGCAAGCCGUGGAAGCGCGGGUACCUGCUGUACGGCCCGCCGGGCACGGGCAAGUCCACCAUGGUCGCCGCCAUGGCCAACUACCUCGACUACGACAUCUACGACGUGGAGCUCACCGUGGUGCACACCAACAGCGACCUCCGCAAGCUCCUCAUCGACACCACCAGCAAGUCCAUCAUCGUCAUCGAGGACAUCGACUGCACGCUCGACGUCACCGGCGACCGCGCCGGCAGGCCGCGGCGCCGGGCCAACGGCGGCGGCGACGCCGACGACAGGCCGCGCGACUCGGUGACCCUGUCCGGCCUGCUCAACUUCAUCGACGGGCUCUGGUCGGCGUGCACGGGCGAGCGGAUCGUCGUCUUCACCACCAACCACGUCGAGAGGCUGGACCCGGCGCUGAUCCGGCGCGGCAGGAUGGACAUGCACAUCGAGAUGUCCUACUGCAGGUUCGAGGCGUUCCAGACGCUCGCCAAGAACUACCUGGACAUCGACGACCACGACGACCUGUUCGCCGCCGUCGGGGAGGUACUACGGGAGGAGAACCUCACGCCGGCCGACGUCGCCGAGUGCCUCAUGGCGGCCAGGCGCGCUGGCUCCGGCGAGCCUUCCCCGUGCCUCCAGAUACUGAUCGAUGAGCUGAAGAAGAGAGCGGUGGAGAAGGCGAAGGCCGAGGCAGAGGCUAAGGCAAGAGCAGAAGCACAGGCCAAGGCAUGGGCGGAAGCAGAGGCCAGGGCUGCGGUGGAGGCAAAUGCGGCCGCAAGGGACCGUGCAAUGGCAACCCACAGUAAUGUUUAAUUUUAUAUACACGAAGAACAGAAAGUUUGGAGAUUUGAGACAACUUGCAAUCUUUUAAAUUAGUAUAUGAAACCUGUUGCUCGAGGUUUUCUUACCUUCCUCCGAAUCGUGACUCGAUCAUUUUAGCACCUACACUACAACUUCUGUAGUGUUUGCAGUGAAAAAGCUCGUAGCCUAGACAAAAUUCUUGCACCUAUCAUGUGUUUGAAUUUUAGAAUGAUUUAAGGGCAACACUCCUGGUAUCGCUAGCUACUACAACAUAUAAAUGGUUACUUUUAUGAUUUAUCA